GGAGAGAUUUGGGGCUGUUUGAUUCUGGUGCUUCAAUCUCCAGAAUUCGGACAGCACCAUUUGUGUUCUAUAGCAAUGGAGGAAUUCAGACAAAUCGGUGAGGUUUUGGGAGGUUUAAGAGCUCUCAUUGUCUUACAAGACGAGCUUCAAAUCAAUCGACGACAGUGCCGUCUGUUGUUGGAUGUCUUCGGUCUGGCUUUCGAUGUAAUCGCCGAAGAGAUCAAGCUGAGCCUGAAUCUCGAAGAAAAGAACUCGAAAUGGAGUCCCCUCGAGGGCCCUUUGCGAGAGCUUCAAAGAAUCUUUAAAGAAGGGGAGUCGUAUGUGAGACAAUGUAUGGACAAGAGAGAGUGGUGGGUUAAGGCAAUUAAUCUCCAUCAAAACAAGGACUCCGUCGAUAAUCACAUCCACAAUUUGCUUUGUCAUUUCCCGGCAGUCAUCGAGGCCAUCGAGAUGGCCGGAGAGAUUGCAGGGCUCAACCAGGAUGAGAUACAAAGGAGGAGAGUUACACUUGCAAGGAAGUACGAUGCCGAAUGGAUUGAUCCGAAACUUUUUCAGUUCCGGUUUGGAAAGCAGUAUUUGAUCCCUCGAGAGAUCUGUAGCCGGUUCGAGAGUGCGUGGAGGGAGGAUCGAUGGAACCUUGUCGAAGCUCUGAGGGAGAAGAAGUGUUCGGAUUCGGUAACGAAAAACCAAGAGCAGCUCGCUGGCUUGUUAAUUCGGAAAAUUAUCGGAUCAGAGGCUUAUAAUGGUAAACUUUUCCCUGGUUCAAUCUUGUACGGAGGGGAUUACCAAGUAAGGCGAAGAUUAGGGGGGCAAUAUAAGGAAAUCCAGUGGUUGGGAGAUAACUUUGUGUUGAGAAGCUUCUUUGGGGAUGUUGAACCGUCGUGUCCCGAAAUCACGACAUUGCUCUCACUUACUCAUCCGAAUUUACUGCAAUACCUUUGCGGAUUUUACGACGAAGAAAAGAAAGAAGUGAUGCUUGUUCUCGAACUGAUGAACAAGGAUCUUGGUUGUUAUUUGAAGGAGAAUUAUGGUUCGAGAAGGCGGAUCUUGUUCCCUCUUUAUGUUUUGGUCGAUCUUAUAUUUCAGAUUGCAAGAGGAAUGGAAUAUCUGCAUUCAAAGAAGAUUUAUCAUGGAGAGUUGAACCCUACUAACAUCUUUCUAAAAGCUAGGAACACCGAAGGCUGUUUCCAAUUGAAGAUCUCGGGUUACGGUUUAUCCGAUGUCAAGCCUCGUUCAUCCCCGAACGCAUCGCCAAGGAGGUAUGAGCCCAACCCUACCAUUUGGUAUGCUCCGGAAGUUAUGCUAGAACAAGAGAAAACAUGCAAUGGCUCCUCCGUUUUUAAGUACUCAGAGAAGGCAGAUGUGUACAGUUUCGGGAUGCUUUGCUUUGAGCUUUUGUCUGGAAAACCGCCAUUCGAAGGACAUGAAGAGAAGAUGAGUAUAAGUAUCAUUGCAGGGGAGAGGCCUCUUUUUCCCUGUACAGCGCCAAAAUAUCUUGUCAACUUAACGAAAAAGUGUUGGCAAACGGAUCCGAAUCAGCGACCGAGUUUCUCAUCAAUUUGCCGGAUUUUGCGCUACAUCAAGAAGUUCCUUGUGAUGAACCCCGGCCAUGAUCAUCCCGAAAUGCAAUGUCCCAUUGCAGAUUAUUGUGAGAUCGAGUCAUGGUUUGCAAAAAGAUUCACUGCAAAUAGGACUUUCAAUCCACUUUCAGUUGCACAAAUUCCAUUCCAAAUGUUUGCUUAUCGGCUCGCUGAGAAAGACCGAACAGUUAUGAACGCAAAGGAUAAAAACAGCGAGUUAACGAGCCAAGUGACCUCUACUUGCAGAGAUGACAAUGUUUCUAUAAUAGAUGAUCCAUCGACAGGAACAAGUGAUAGAACGUCCAUUGGUUCUGAUGUCAAAUCUCGUGGUUCGGAUACCAAGUCUGUUUAUUCGGAUGUCAGGUCAUUCUACAGCGAGGUUCCGGAAAGGCGACCGAUCCAACUUCGUACACCACCGAAGAGACAAAUUUCCACCAAGACUCCAGAGAAGAAAGUUGUAAGCACAAAGAGAAACACUAACGUGAAGGCCAAGAAAAGUCCAGGGGUAUCAAAUGGACCAUCUACUAGAUCAUCGGCAUUGAACCGGGUACAUAGUGCUGGGAUAAUCCGAGAAAACCGCUCGACGUUCGUUUCAGCUUCCUUCACUAGACCCCGGCAUCGAAUGACAGCAGCAACACCAGGCCAUACCUCAGAUUAGCAGCAUUUAAUCAACAUAAUGAACAGGAUUGCCUCAAGAAUUUCCACAAUGCAUAUCGAGACCAAACGGGACAACUUACACAACCAUCGAUCUCGAACCCUGUUUGCAGCGGACGGCAAUCUAGCAGCAACAGCAACAGCCAUUGGCACCCAUU